AGAAAGGUCAUAUUAAACUUGAUAAGGCGAUCUUUCAUUCAGUGAUAAACGGUGUUUGAACUUUUACUGCACUCUCUGUGACGACUUCAUCAUGAAGAUAUCAACAGCAGCUCUUUUUAUUUCUCUUAUUGGGAUUAUCGCUGGAGAAUCCUGUGUUAGCAAGUUUGAAUGUAUUGAUGUAGGAUGUACACACCACACCACUCUAGUUUGCGAGAACAACCUGUGUACCUGUACACCAAUAACAGAUGUAUACAGAUGUUUGACCCCAGGGGACUGUAAAAGACACACUCAUGUAUGUUACACGGAGUGGCAAUGCAUUCAGGAAAAAUGUCGUUGUCGUUGAUUUUUAAAAUCCACGUGGUUUUCAUUUGGUCAUCUGUUUCCCUUGUACAUGCAAAUUAAAUCAAUUUUGAAGAAA